UUCAAUUCAUUUAUCUGCAGGAAUGAUUGCCGCUAUCAGUCUCGCGUUCACCGCCCGGCUGAGGAGGUGAAAGUUUCUCCCCAGGAAGAUAAACCGCAAAAGACAAUAUUGUGCAUGAUUUGCGCCGUUUUUUUUUUUUUUAACAAAGCAGGGGGAAAAAAGGAAAGUGAAGGGGGAAAAAAGCCCAAGGAGGGGGAAAAGAGACGGAAGGGGGAAAAGAGUGCAAGAACUGGAAGAGAAGAGAAAAUUGCUCGCUAGUCCGCUACAUUCCUCUAGCCUCUUUUUUUAAAUUAAAAAAAAAAAACCAGAACUGAAGGAAGUUUAAUUUUUGUUUUGCUCCCCCCUCCCCCGUCUGAGCCUGCUUCCUCCUCUCUCUUCACCAUUGUUAUUUGCGAGCGGAGUCUUCUGAAUCCUUUCCCUCCUCCCCAUUGAACCCCGCUGAAAAAGUGCAGUCCGAGAGGCAAGAGAGGGGGCGAUCGGUUUUUCUGUGCGCGCGCCGAUGCCUUUUUUAUUCUUAUUCUCCAAUUUUUGCAGCUUCUAGAUUUCUUCCGCGGGCUCUGCCCACCCCUAGCCCUCACCCACCCUCUCGUUUUGUGUGUGUGUGUGUGUUUUGGGUGCGCGGAUGCCGAAGGGGGAGUUCCUGAUGUGGUUGCUUUAGUGGUGAACGUCGCGCGGACUUUUGCAAGAGAAAGAGAGAGAGAGGCUGCUUGGAUUGGCGGCGGCGGCGGCGGCUCUCUUCCUCGUCGGCUGAUCCGGCAGUUUGUUGGCUGCUGUUGUUGUUGCUGCUGCUGCUGCUAUCCCCACUUCUUCCACGUCCUUUCCCCCCUUUCCUCCUUAAUUUAUAUUUUCUUAAAUCUUAUUUCAUUUUUGCAUCACUUUUCCUCGGCGGUUGCUACCGCAGCUGCCUGAGAGCCGGGAGAAGAUGUUGCUGGAUGCCGGACCGCAGUACCCCGCCAUCGGAGUGACGACCUUCGGCUCCUCUCGCCACCACGCCACGGGCGACGUGACGGAGCGCGAGGUGGGACUGGGCAUCAACCCUUUCGCGGACGCCGGGAUGGGCGCCUUCAAGCUCAACCCCAGCAGCCAUGAGCUGGCCUCGGCCGGCCAGACCGCCUUCACUUCGCAGGCCCCUGGCUACGCGGCCGCAGCGGCGCUGGGGCAUCACCACCACCACCCGGGCCACGUCGGCUCCUACUCCAGCGCGGCCGCCUUCAACUCCACGCGGGACUUUCUUUUCCGCAACCGGGGCUUCGGCGAGGCGGCGGCAGCGGCCAGCGCCCAGCACAGCCUCUUCGCCUCGGCGGCCGGCAGCUUCGGCGGACCGCACGGGCACGGCGAGGCGGCGGGCCACCUCCUCUUCCCGGGCCUCCACGAGCAAGCCACCGGCCAUGCGUCGCCCAACGUGGUCAACGGGCAGAUGCGCCUGGGCUUCUCCGGAGACAUGUACGGCCGGCCGGAGCAGUACGGCCAGGUGACGAGCCCGCGCUCCGAACACUACGCUUCGCCGCAGCUGCACGGCUACGGCCACAUGAAUAUGAACAUGGCAGCCCACCACGGGCCGGGGGCCUUCUUCCGCUACAUGAGGCAGCCCAUCAAGCAGGAGCUCAUCUGCAAGUGGAUCGAGCCCGAGCAGUUGGCCAACCCCAAAAAGUCCUGCAACAAAACUUUCAGCACCAUGCACGAGCUGGUGACUCACGUCACCGUGGAGCACGUCGGCGGGCCCGAGCAGUCCAACCACAUUUGCUUCUGGGAAGAGUGUCCCAGGGAAGGGAAGCCUUUCAAGGCCAAAUACAAACUGGUCAACCACAUCCGAGUCCACACGGGGGAGAAACCUUUCCCGUGCCCUUUCCCGGGAUGCGGGAAAGUCUUCGCUCGCUCGGAAAAUCUCAAGAUCCACAAAAGGACGCACACAGGUGAAAAACCCUUUAAGUGUGAAUUCGAGGGCUGUGACAGGCGCUUCGCCAACAGCAGUGAUCGGAAAAAGCAUAUGCACGUCCACACUUCAGACAAACCUUAUCUCUGCAAAAUGUGCGAUAAGUCCUACACGCACCCGAGCUCCCUCCGAAAACACAUGAAGGUCCACGAAUCGUCCUCCCAGGGGUCUCAGCCUUCUCCCGCUGCCAGUUCAGGCUAUGAAUCUUCAACCCCCCCAACAAUCGUUUCUCCAUCCACAGAAAACCAGACCACAAGCUCCUUAUCCCCUUCAUCUUCAGCAGUCCACCACACGUCCAGCCACAGCACGCUCACGUCAAAUUUUAACGAAUGGUACGUUUAAACAAACGAACAAACAAAUGCAAAUCCAACCUAUUUAAAAGACUCCAAAAAUUAAUGAACACUUUGAAAAUCGAUCUUUUUGUGUGUUUUGAUUUUUUUUUUAAUGCUGCCCAUAGACCCAGGACCGAAUCAAAUCAAGAAUUCUCUCUCUCUCUCUCUCUUUCUCUUUCUAUCUCCCUCUCUUCUUCAAUUUCUGUUGUUUUGUUUUGGUUUUGUCGUGUUUGGGGCAAAGGCUUGGAAAGCA